AUUAAAAACAGGAGGGAAAAUGUAAACAAAUGCAGACAACAAUGUUAUUUUGCGAAUUUCUUCAUGUUUUAUAUUCAAGCAUAAUGGGAAAUGGGUAAAUUUUUCACAGUGAUGUUAGCCUACACUUAUAUAUAUGGUUAAGUUGGUGUGAUUUGCUCAUAUUUUGAAAAUAUUGUCAGAACAAUGGAACUGUGUCUGUACUAAGACAGUGUAUUUUAUAGUUUAUUUUGCUUACCGUAACUAACUUUUUUAAUGUAUUUAUUGAUAUAAUCUUCGAACAAUUGUUAUAAAAUGUGUAGCAUAAAAGAUUUCGUAGGCAAUUGUGACAACUGCAGUGACGACAGGUAUUUUUGAAAAUGCUUCCAUUGGAAAAAGAGACAUGUAUAAAUUUUUGUCAGAAAUUUUUUUACUUAAAUCUGACAUUACAUUGUACGUCACAACUUAGGAUCUGUGAUAUUCAUAGAAAUAUUAUCAUCGAAACAACUAACAAGAGAUAUAGAAGGAAAAAUUGUGGUGUGCCUUCAGUAAAUGUCAUUUUGAAAUAUCAUAAUACUACAAAAGCAGUGGAUCGACAUGUUACACCCGAGAUGUUUCAAAGAAUUGUUACAAAGACAGGCAUUUUCAUUCCUAUUGGAACAUGCACUUGAUAAAGUACCAGGGAAGCGUUACAGGGUGAAGGUUGUUGACACAAUUCUUGAUUUAGAUGUAACCAAGAAUAAGGAAACAAUAACCAAUAUUACAAGUUUUUACAACUUUAGAUUUGAGAGCAGUCAUUUGAGGAUGUGGCAGACAUACAAUAUUGAUGAAGGAAAGCUUGUGACUUUAAAAUCAACAAAGAAUUCUGUGCAGUUAAAAGUACUCAAUGACUGGACAGAGAUGUCUUUUAAUGACCUCAUUACUGAAGGAACAGAACAGGCUUCAAAACAACAGAAGCAGACAUUCAUUUGUUCUAUGGAUGGCUGCAUUGAAGAGUUCAAGAACCAGAUUAGUCUUGAUCAACACCUCCUUCAAGUCAGCUGUGAAUAUAAGCUAGAGAAAGGCCCAUUAAAAGAUCAGGCAAAAGUUCUAUAUGCCCAAAAGCUGUCAAAUAAUCUACAUCAUUGUCCUGAUAUGCAAGCAGUCUUACUAGAAAAUGCAUGUACUACAGACUUGAGUGCCAAAGAAAUGUGAUGGGCAUUGAAAGUGAAAAAGAAAAAGAUUUUCUUUAGCAUCAAACAGAAAGAAUUCAUGACGGAUUUAUUUUAUUUAUCUUGAAAGGAUGCAAGAAGCAGCCAUAUUGGAUUCAACAACAUUAUAUUUUCCCAAUAAAUAGGCGAAAUAGAAAAAAAAACGCCUACCUUAAACUACUUUUUAAUAGCUUAUAUCCAAAUUCGAAGCGUAAACAAAGCCCCAAAACAUACUAUGUUAGAGUUUUACACUUGAAGUAUUCAUAUGACGUCAUGAUGUUGCUAUGAAGUUUAUGUGCCAAAGAAGUCAACAACAUUUUGUGGAAUUUUUAUUUUAAGCAACUAUAUGUCCAAAUAAAAAACAGAAACAAUAUCUUUAUUGACUAUUGCAUUAGAAUGGAUAUAACUGUAUUUUAUUUUAAGGUUUGUGGACGUAAAUCUAGAUUUUACUGUCGCAAUUAUUCGUUUACCUAGCUCUGCUACAGGUCGCUAGGUAAACUCAAUUUGCGACAGUAAUAUCUACGUUUUAUGUCCGAAAAGGUUAAAAUACAAUACAGUUAUCUCCUAAAUUACCUACACAUGAUUGCACCAAUAUGAGUUUAAUAUAAUGAAAUUUGCAUGUACUUAGAAGGUGUUUUACUUUAUUUUAAAUAUUUAAGUCGGACCAGCAUU